UUAUGUUGAUAUAUUUAUAAUAAUUAAUAUUAUUAUUUAUUUAGUCGUGAUCGGCUCCUCCUCACAGUGGGCGGUCGUUACUAAGCACAUGUAUAUAUAAGCUCAGUUUGAUCACUUUGAUUAUUUCUCCUACGGUUUCAUUUUCAGCUACCUGCAAAACUUUGACUGAGUUCUCAGGCAACGAUGAAAAAUAUCUUUUUCCAUAACAUCAUUAAGACACAUGUGGGUGGAGCAGAUGACCCUGUGUAUGAUGAAUAUGCUGAGCUGGAAAGGUCUUUCCGCAUCAUGUCUAUCGUUGUUUACACCCUGGACUUUGUUCUUGGUGUGCUUGGGAAUGGAGUGGUUAUCUGGGUGACCGGGUUCAAGAUGAAGAAAACAGUUAACACCAUUUGGUUCCUCAACCUUGCUGUGGCCGACUUCCUCUUCACUGCAUUCAUGCCCCUGAAUGUGACAUACCUGGCUUUGACUUUUCACUGGCCUUUCGGCGAGUUCAUGUGCAAACUGAACAGCACAUUAAACUCUCUGAACCUGUUUGCCAGCGUCUACUUUCUGGUGGUGAUCAGUGUGGACAGAUGUGUGUCCGUGGUGUGGCCCGUCUGGGCCCAGAAUCACAGAAAUGUACGCAAGGCAUCCUGGGUAAGCCUGGGUGUUUGGGUACUGGCUCUGAUCCUCAGCAUUCCAUACUUCGUCUUCAGGGACACUGAAGAAAUUAGUGAAGACCAAACCCUUUGUUUCAACAACUUUGCGUUGUCUGAUGAUUAUGAAACACCUUCAGUGAAUCAGCUGCGACAGUUUCGUCAGCAGGCCAUUACCAUCACCCGCUUCCUGCUGGGAUUUGUUGUCCCCUUCACUGUCAUUGUCUCCUGUUAUGCUGUAAUAAUCCAUCGUCUCAGGAGAAACCGCACCCUGGCCAGCCAGUCCAGUCGUCCCUUUAAGAUCAUUGCUGCUGUUAUCAUCACAUUUUUCCUGUGCUGGGCUCCAUAUCACAUCAUGGCUCUAAUUGAGUUGGCAGCUCACACAGGCACUAAUCAAAGUCGAGUUUUUCAUUAUGCCAUCGUCAUUGGGAUCGCUAUAACUACCAGCCUGGCCUUUAUCAACAGUUGCCUGAACCCACUGCUGUAUGUCUUCAUGGGCCAAGAUUUUAAAGAUAAAGUCCGCAAAUCCAUCCUGAACGUACUGGAGACUGUCUUCCACGACGACCUUGCUCUCACUCUGAUACAAAGUCAACGGACAUCAGUCAGGGCAAAGACAAGCAAGUUCUUGAUAAUAAAGUUUAAGAGCGUCCACAGUAUGAGUUGAAAAUGUACAUAUGAAAUAAUUCUGGCACAAAUGUAAAUGUAUGUAUCAAAAUCAUUUUUUUCUUUUUGUUUUCUUUGCCUUCAUGCAAGAACCCCCAAGCUAAGCUGUAAAAAUGAUUCUAUUUUGAAUCACUGAAACCUUUAAUUUGCAUGAAUUUUACUCUGUGUUUGACCAACUGAUUCUGCUAUCAAAGAAUACCAACUUAUAUGCCUACAUUAUUUAAAAUAAUAAAUUGAUGGUAAUAUUUUGUGUCAAGUCAAAUCAAGUGAAGUCAGUUUUAUUUCUGUAUCCCAAAAUCACAAACCACAAUACAACCUCUAUCCUUAGACCUUCAAAUUUGAGUAAGAAAAAAUUCCUUCUUGCUGUCUGACUCUAGAUAUUACCUGCACAGACCAGACCACUGAAAUCACAGAACAUGUGCCACAUGUCACAUGUUCUGUGCUAUUUUACAAUGUGCUGUGAUGCCUAGAAUGUAAUUGAUUACAUUAAUUGGGCAGUCGUAGAUCAGCGGUUAGGGUGUCGGACCCGUAACCGGUGGAUCCCUGGUUCGAUUCCCCGUCCCGGUGUCCAUGGCUGAGGUACCCUUGAGCAAGGUACCUAACCCCCACUGCUCCCCGGGCG